UAAAUAUGGAUCACGCAAAGGAAUUUCUUAGAUGUAUUUAAUAAGUUACAGCGAGCCGCGGGCACCCGCACGCACGAUUUGCGGGUUCUGUUGAGGAAGCAUCAUGAGCGGCGUGUUGAAACCACUGCCAUUAUGCUACGCCUCCAAUCUUUACCGAGGUUCACGAGUGGUUUCUGAAAGGCGUUUGCGGGUUAGAUUGAGCUUCUCGAGGCCUAUUCAGAUAACUGCAUCAGAGAUUGUUGAUGGGAGCUAUACCCCCACUGUACAUGAAGAAACAGAAAGCAAUAACAGGGACGCAGUGUCGGUGAAGAAUGAGAAAACUGGUGCAUUUCAGAAGUUGCCUAUGGUCUUGCCCUCAAAGGACAUAUUCUUUUCUGCAUUACGAAAGUCAAAGAAGGUAUCUCCAACAAAAGGCAUUGUCAACAUUGCAAAGCGGGAGAGGAACAGGGGUGCGAGACAGCUAGAUGCACUAAUGAAGGAAUUGGUCAUUCCUUUGAGGGGAUACAUGGAGAAUUUCCCUUACAAGCAAAAUCUGCAUCCUUAUGAAAGAUCUCUUAUUGACCUGACCCUUGGGGAUGGGAGAUAUGAAGAGGUUUUGGGAAGCGUUGAUGUUCUGCGAAAGAAGAUCAAUUCUGUAGGAAAGUCACAAGCUUCUUUAUGUGCUAAUUCCAUGUCGAAGAAGGAAGCUGUAGAACGACUAAAUGAGGGUAUUAAAAAGUUGGAGGAAGUCUUUCUGCAUGAUGGAAGUGCUGUUGAUGAUUUGUUAAAAAUUGCUAAGGUGACUAGAUUAUGCUGCAUAUGUGCUCUUUCGGUGAUGUUACAUGUCCAAAAGACAUUACGUGCCAUGCCUGUGGUGGAUCCAGGCACGCCCACCCUAUGCCUUGUAGGAGCCCCAAAUGUUGGGAAAUCAUCACUAGUUCGUGUACUAUCAUCAGGAAAACCUGAGGUUUGUAACUAUCCAUUCACGACAAGAGGCAUACUGAUGGGUCACAUUGUUCUAAACUAUGAGCGCUUCCAGGUGACUGACACACCUGGCCUUCUGAGGAGACCUCAUGAUGAGAGGAACAACAUCGAGAAGUUGACUCUUGCUGUUCUUUCGCAUUUGCCCACUGCCAUACUCUAUGUUCAUGAUCUUUCUGGUGAAUGUGGAAGUUCACCUUCUGAUCAGUUUGUCACAUAUAAGGAGAUCAGAAGUAGAUUUCAUGAGCAGCUUUGGCUUGAUGUUAUUUCAAAAUGUGAUCUGCCACUCGCACAGUCCACUUCUGAUACCGAUGAGGGUGAUGAAGUUGCUAGGUAUAAAAGGUUUGGACCAGAUGGGGCAAUCUGUGUUUCAGUCAAAACAGAAAUUGGAAUACCUGAGCUGAAGCAUAGGGUCCACGAUCUACUUAUUCAUCAGCUGGCUAAGAUUAGGAGCCAAAAUGUCAUUGGAGAAGGCUACCAACAUUAGAGUUCAGAUAGAGUGAACCUGCUGAACACAAAGAUCGUGCUAGUAACGCUGACUUGGGAGUUUUUAAAAGAGUAAUGUAGCUGCUUACUGCCAAGGCGGAUUUCAGUUGCAUAGAAAUCGACGUGAUUUCAGAUGAAAUUAUCCUGCCAAGGAAAAUCUGCCUAUCGAUGUUCCUACAGCUGGGUUAGUGAUUUACAGUAGACAGCGAGAAAUGUUUGUCAGGAUUCAGGACGGGGAUUUCUGGGCGUCCCAGGGGAAGAAAUCAUGAAUUUUUUUAUUUGAACAAGGGCAAUGAAGCACGUAAGACUUGCUGUAUUAGGAACUUGCAAACUUGCCAAGCUUUGUGGAGCUUGUGCAUAUCUUGCUAUGAUGUAGCAAAUACUGGUGACGCCUUUCAAAAUUUCGCAGUCAAGGCUUUGAGACACGCACCUGUAGCAAUCGAAAUUUGUUUCCUUGCC